AAAUAUAUAUUCUCAUUGGCUGUUAGAUACCUAAUUCUGAUCUUUUCGUCUUUUUGUAGAUGUGGUGGCACAGUGGGAGCUAUUCUGACAUGUCCACUGGAAGUUGUCAAAACGCGGUUACAGUCAUCUUCUGUGACACUUUAUGUCUCUGAAGUUCAGCUGAACACCAUGACCGGAGCCAGUGUCAACCGAGUAGUGUCCCCUGGGCCUCUGCACUGCCUAAAAGUUAUCCUGGAAAAAGAGGGUCCUCGCUCAUUGUUUAGAGGAUUAGGCCCCAACUUAGUGGGAGUGGCACCCUCCAGAGCAAUAUACUUUGCUGCUUAUUCAAACUGCAAGGAAAAGUUGAAUGGUGUUUUUGAUCCUGAUUCUACCCAAGUACACAUGAUUUCAGCUGCAAUGGCAGGUUUUACUGCAAUCACUGCAACAAACCCCAUUUGGCUUAUAAAGACCCGGUUACAGCUUGAUGCAAGGAAUCGUGGGGAAAAGCGAAUGGGUGCGUUUGAAUGUAUUCGUAAAGUAUAUCAAACAGAUGGACUGAGAGGAUUUUAUAGAGGCAUGUCUGCCUCCUAUGCUGGCAUAUCAGAGACAGUUAUCCAUUUUGUUAUUUAUGAAAGUAUAAAGCAAAAACUACUGGAGUGCAAGACUGCUUCCAUGAUGGAAAGUGAUGAAGAGUCUGUGAAAGAAGCAUCGGAUUUCGUGAGAAUGAUGCUAGCUGCUGCCACCUCAAAAUCCUGUGCCACAACCAUAGCGUAUCCACACGAAGUUGUAAGAACACGACUACGGGAAGAAGGAACAAAAUACAGAUCUUUUUUUCAGACACUAUCUUUGAUUGUUCAAGAAGAAGGUUAUGGGUCUCUUUACCGUGGCCUAACAACUCAUCUGGUGAGACAAAUUCCAAACACAGCCAUUAUGAUGGCCACCUAUGAAUUGGUGGUCUAUCUACUUAAUGGAUAGCAGCGUGGGCUGUCAUGCUACAGAGCAGGAAGACCAAAAGAUCACAGUGGACCAUGGAAUCUUGAAGCCAGCGUGGUGGACAGAAGACAGUAGUCUGGAAGCAUAUAACUGCUAUGGCUGAGUGGAAGUUUGGCUGUAGAAAGUAAAGUACCACACUACAUUAGUAUUUCAGUGAAGAGGCCCUGGGCCACCUCUAAGAGAAUGCUUUGAAAAGCAUUUGUUUCUUAAAAUUGCCAUUUUCUCUACCAUUGUUCACAACUAUGUUUUUUUAAAAAUUGAUUUAUGACAUUCAGAAUAUAGUAUUAAUUGAAUUCUUUCAGUCUUCUAAACAAAGUCAUCUCUAAGUAAUUAUCCAAAGAUAGUGGUGACAAUUGCAAAUGUCUAACUUGACAUCUUUUGUAAUACUGUAAAAUAAUGAUAGAUAGAUCCUUAGUACAAUUUUCCUGAGAGGGCCCUGCCUGAUACAGUGUUCUAAAAUUGUUUGGCAUCAGUAGUCACUGUAUUUGACAACCAGUGAAAUGUUAUCUAAAUACCUUACUUUCAGCAUUAGAAUGUUUUGGUUACAGCUAAUAUAUUUAUUACAAUGUGGACUUUAUCAUAUAAGAUGUGCAUGGCUAAUGUGGGGGCUAUAAAAUAAGCUAGUGGAUGCCACCUCAGUGACUUUUAUGACAAGUGCUUCGUCACAUCUUCUCCAAUUACAUAAUGCAUGAAUAGAGCCAUAUGUGAUUAUCAAAUUCCCAUACCCACAUGUUAUUUACAAAAGUAGAGAAGCUAAUGAUUUUUGAGUCUGUUCUUCUUACUUUCGCAUUAAGAAUUUUAACCUCUAAAUUAUUUCCACAUCUGUAUAGAUUAUUCUUGGUUGAUAGAGAAAAUGGUAAUUUUUCACUUUUGCCCUUGAAGUGAUACUAAUGUUUAGGACAAGAUGAAUGAAGAGGUCUUCAGCUAUGUGACAGCAAAUCAUAGUCGACCAGGAGUUUGUCCGUCAGUGUGCUGCAUUGGACAAAUUCUGUUCUGUCCUAGUUUCCUGAAUGCUCUAUCGUAAAGUCAGGCGAAUUUUAGUUCAAUGUGUUAACAGGAUAUAGUUUUUAAAUUUUGCUAUUGAGUCAGCAACACCUUUUAACACUUUAAUUGUAUUAUAUAUGGCCAUUACAAAGGUGUUUGCUGUAAUACUAUAGAUUUUCCAAUGGAUGUUGCUAUACUGGUAUAUAAAUAAAACUUCUACAAUUAAACUCCACUGUGGUACUCAUCAGUGUACCCUAACCUUACAUUUUGUGCAAUGGCUUUCUCUUCAGAAUGACUAUGUGAAUGCACUUUGUGGCCUUUUAAGGGGGUAAGAAUUCGUGGUUAAUUUUUUUAAAAUAUUGUUAGGUAUUAGGCAGAAGCAGUGUUCAUAUUUUUUUUUUGGAUUUUUAGACAUGUUUUGGAGAUAUUUUGGAGAUCUUCCAGCGUUCUAAGUGUGCCGUGUACUGUGUAAUGCCACAAUAUGGAAAAAGUCGCAUGCCAUUGAAAGCUUUCGCUGCUGUCACCAAUGAAGUUAAUGCCCUCUUAAAUCUCUCACCUUGACUUCCUUGUAAACAAUAACUGGAUGUCUUUGAGGUGCUCAUUUGGAAUUAAAAAUAUUCCAAUCUGUUUGGAGACCAAAGGCAAGUUCAGAUUGUUACCUUUGGAAUUAUUACAGCUUUGACAUUUAUUGCAUGGAACAUACCAAAAAUAAAUCCUCGCCUGGGGGUUUAACUUAAAUCUGUAGAGAAGGUCUCAGGCUAUAGUGUUUGCCUCUUCAGGUGCCAUUGUUACUGCCCGAUACAGUGCCAUUUGCUCUGUGAAGAUCCAUAACUCUUACUUGUGUUGAAUGUAGGACAUGUUCUCCUGUGUUACACCGAUCUCAAAUGAUGAAGAAUGACAAGAAAACCAGCAGCUAAGGAACAGCUUGUGUAGUUGUAGCAAACCCAUGAUAAGUGUCCUUCAAGGAUGAACAUGUGUUCUGUGUUUGUAAGAAAAACUUUACAUUAGCCUCUGGUGCGCUGUCCUCGGUGUUUAAAGUGUUAGUGUGUGUUCUGCAAGAAAGGGGGUUAAAGUCUUAGUAUUUACUUUGAAAGCAGUCAUUGGAAAGGAACAAUGAGGUCUGUUUUGUUUUUCCCUUGAGUACUGUCUGCCAUAGUUUACUUUAUGACAGAGAUAAUUAAAAAACAUAUAUGUGUGUUAUGUAUAGUUUGUCUCUUUAAAGAUUUUCUUAAAUCCAUUGUAAUGUUAAAAAGCUGUGCAUACUCAGAGCAUUGGGUUUUUAAAAAUUGCUUUCCAUCAGAUAAUCUUGUUAAAAAUGUCUUAGAGAGCUAGAGUGGACCUUGUUGUAUACUUUUAUGUGGUCCUCUCAGAAAAUUGAACUUAUUCAGACAAGCUAGAGCAGUAGCUACUGGAAGCAAACCCUCACCCAUCAGGACUCUGCUGCUGUGGCUCAAAGGCUUGAAAUUUGGGUAUUCCAGCUGGUGAACCUCUGGGCUCUAGUGGGUACCAUAUCGUGCUUUAAAUUUCCAGGGAGUGCUCUACCACCAAACUUUGUUUUUUGUCUUAUGAUAGGGUCUCUUAUUACCCAAGAUGACCUUGAACUCCAAAUUCUUCUGCCUCUGCCUACUAAGUGCUGGUUUUACAGACCCUCCCUUCCAUGCUCACCAGAUCUGUCCCAGUUCUCAUUAUAUGACUGCAGAACCAGCCUGACUCACUAGAGGGAGCUCAACUGGCUUAUAAUUAUGAAACUAUGACAGCAUCCUAAGUCAUUUAGCCCAGCCAUGUCUCCUAACCCUCGAUGUCUGCUGUGUGGUAGCCCUGUUAGAAUGAGCACAGUUUGGGAUGUUCAAAAGAAAAAAAAAAUGUAUUUAAAGUGGCUUUUUAAAAUCACCGUGAAAUAGCGAUUUCAAUUUGAAGAACUUAAGUGGUAGGAAUUAAUCUCCCCGUUUCUCUAAGGACUUUCUUUGUAUCUCUGUUUACAUGCUCUUCUGCAAACUGCUCGUGUUAUAGGGACCCCUGUAGGGCUGAAACAUAGCUCAUUUGUCCUCGUUGAUCAUGACCUAACAUUCCUAAGAAGAUAGGUGUCUGCUUUAAACAGGACCGCAUUUUACCCUAUGAAAUAAAGUGCUUUCUGCCCCUCACAUACCUUUUCUAACGUAACUUUGUUUCUCCUUAACUCUCCCUUGGUUUUUAUGCUACCCAUUUUAGAAACUAAAGAGUCUAGUUCUGCUCAGUUAUGUUAAAUUUUUUGACUGUACCCCAGUGGAUGUGAAUUAAAUUAUACCAAUCACUCAUAGUUCAGCCAGCUUUAAAAGAGCUGAUGAGUUUUGCCCAUUUAUAUGAGUGUUGCUAUUGCAUUUUUGUACAUGGCUGCAGAUUAUGUGCAUUUAUUCUGUAUUUAUGUUAACUAGCUGACUUGUACUUGAAUUAAAAUUUAGAAAAUUAAAA